UGACAUGAUAGUAUUAUCUCAAGGCUAAGGUGGGUGCGCGUUAGUCGGUGCGUCCAUCCUGACUCUCACUCCUGUGUCAGUGUGGAUUGGCAGAAGAGCAGUGUGAAGCCGAACGCCACGGGGCUGACAGAUUACUAGUGUCAAGGUGUGACAGAGCAUGACGGUGAUGCUAGGCCUCCGAGGGGUGACAUUGGCCAAGGCAGUGACGAGAUAUGGACGCCUCUUGACGAGAGCCUUCACAUCGAGCUACCCAAAGCCCUAUACCGUCCCUGAGGGUCCCUGGGGCACAAAUAGGGCAGCCAGACUCGAAUUGGCAGCGGCGUACAGAGGCCUUGAUCACUUGGGAAUGAACGAAGGCGUCGUCAACCACCUGAGCGUGAUGGCGCCGCGUGCUGACGGGGGAGACGGGAAGGUGAUGCUUGUAUUCCCGCAAGGGAUACAUUGGCAGGAGGUAACAGCGAGCAAUCUGGUGGGCAUAGACAGCGAGGCCAAGACGGUGGAGGGAGAAGGGUCACCUGAAACCACCGCCUCGUGCAUCCACCUCUCCAUCCACAAGAUGCGGGCCGGCACGAAGGUCGUAAUGCACUGCCACCCGCCCUACACCACGGCCUUAGCGAGCUUGGAGGACUUUGAGCUUCGUAUGGUGUCUCAAAACUCCCUCAGGUAUUGGAAUAGGGUGGCGUAUGACCGUUGUUAUCAGGGGGUGGCUUACGCCUUCGAGGAGGGUGAGAGGAUGGCCCGCAUCCUGGGAGAUAAGGACAUUCUGAUGCUGGCCAACCACGGCGCCAUCACCGUGGCGUCCACCGUCUCCGCAGCCUUCCAUAACCUGUACUUCCUGGAACGAGCCGCCAUGGUGCAGAUGCUGGGUAUGGCAACGGGAAACAAGAUGGUUGAAGUGCCUGAGGAGGUGAAACGCUCCAUGAGUACACCGUACUUGAAGAAGGAACAAACCUAUGCUGACGACUUCUUCUAUUCCAUUUAUAGGUUAAUGCAGAAAUAUCAACCAGAUUUCGAGAACUAAACAAAGGAGACUUUUAAAGCGCCCGUCUGCCAAUCUGACGCAUAUGAAUAUGUUUACGUUGAGCCUUGCGGUUAUAGCCAUUACCUCUUUCUUUAUGUGAUACUUUGAAAACUGUUCAUUUCAUUUACAUAUGAUUUAUACCAGGGAUUCUCAACAUUAUUUCCAUUAUUUACCCUCUUGGUCUUAUGUAUAUCUUUAUUUAUUUAUUAAUUUUUUUAUGUAGGAAGGGCACUGGCCAAGGGCAACAAAAAUCUAAUAAAAAAAAAAUGCCCACUGAAAUGCCAGUCCCAUAAAAGGGUCAAAGCAGUGGUCAAAAACUGAUGAAUAAGUGUCUUGAAACCUCCCUCUUGAAGUCAUAGGAAGGUGGAAAUAAAGAAGCAGGCAGGGAGUUCCAGAGUUUACCAGAGAAAGGGAUGAAUGAUUGAGAAUACUGGUUAACUCUUGCGUUAGAGAGGUGGACAGAAUAGGGGUGAGAGAAAGAAGAAAGUCUUGUGCAGCGAGGCCGCGGAAGGAGGGGAGGCAUGCAGUUAGCAAGAUCAGAAGAGCAGUUAGCAUGAAAAUAGCGGUAGAAGACAGCUAGAUAUGCAACAUUGCGGCGGUGAGAGAGAGGCUGAAGACAGUCAGUUAGAGGAGAGGAGUUGAUGAGACGAAAAGCUUUUGAUUCCACCCUGUCUAGAAGAGCAGUAUGAGUGGAACCCCCCUCCAGACAUGUGAAGCAUACUCCAUACAUGGACGGAUAAGGCUCUUGUACAGAGUUAGCAGCUGGGGGGGUGAGAAAACUGGCGGAGACGUCUCAGAACACCUAACUUCAUAGAAGCUGUUUUAGCUAGAGAUGAGAUGUGAAGUUUCCAGUUCAGAUUAUAAAUAAAGGACAGACCGAGGAUGUUCAGUAUAGAAGAGGGGGACAGUUGGGUGUCAUUGAAGAAGAGGGGAUAGUUGUCUGGAAGGUUGUGUCGAGUUGAUAGAUAGAGGAAUUGAGUUUUUGAGGCAUUGAACAAUACCAAGUUUGCUCUGCCCCAAUCAGAAAUUUUAGAAAGAUCAGAAGUCAGGCGUUCUGUGGCUUCCCUGCGUGAUAUGUUUACCUCCUGAAGGGUUGGACGUCUAUGAAAAGACGUGGAAAAGUGCAGGGUGGUAUCAUCAGCGUAGGAGUGGAUAGGACAAGAAGUUUGGUUUAGAAGAUCAUUAAUGAAUAAUAAGAAGAGAGUGGGUGACAGGACAGAACCCUGAGGAACACCACUGUUAAUAGAUUUAGGAGAAGAACAGUGACCGUCUACCACAGCAGCGAUAGAACGGUCAGAAAGGAAACUUGAGAUGAAGUUACAGAGAGAAGGAUAGAAACCGUAGGAGGGUAGUUUGGAAAUCAAAGCUUUGUGCCAGACUCUAUCAAAAGCUUUUGAUAUGUCCAAGGCAACAGCAAAAGUUUCACCAAAAUCUCUAAAAGAUUUACUCCGUAAUCCCGUCUCCCUCUCCUUAGAAAAAAAAAAAAAAAAAAAGCCAUCAUACAGGCGAGAUUUGUCCAUUCACAUACCAUACCAGUGUGAGCGGAAAUGUUGAUUACCAGUUUUAUUUAUACCAUUUCAACUGGGGUAUCGCGUGUGACUACAAAGUAAGAAAGCCGCUCCGGCUUCAAAAAGUUUUGAUCACGGGCGGGAUUUUUCUGGGACGACUGUCUGCUUCUAGAUUCACCCCGGCUUUGAAAUGGGUAUUGGUCAGUUAAGGCUGGGAACAUGAAGGCAGCGGAGAAAGGAACCAGCCCAAGGAAGCUUAAGACACAAGACUUAAACUUCCUUGAACUAAAUAACCACUCAACUCCAUACAUAUGGUGAGGUCCGGGGAGGAUGACUUGCACUCUGAGCCAACACUACACUCACUUUUGAUUAUGGCACCUAUUAAUGCUCAAUAUUGCUAAAAAGGAGAGGAUGAGCAUUGAUUGGAAGCGAAAGGAUUAUGGAUAAUCACCUUAGCUUUCUCAAGUUUGCAGUUACAGUCUAUAGUUUAUUUAAAGUACGUAAUAUUGGAGUUACAGGAAAUGACAGGGGAGAUAUAUAUCCAUAACUGUGUGAAUGGGAAACCUAUAAGAGAAGAUGUACUACUGUGUCUAUGUGUACCACUGUGUCUGUUGAAUUAUUCCGUUAUCAGGAGCGGUCUGUAUUUUUUUUUUUCAGUGGGGCAAAUUUAUUUCUGGUUAAGAAUCACAUAAAUAUAUAGUAGAAAUGUAUAAUAGAAAUGUAUAUUCACCUUAACAUUAUUUAUGCCAUGCAACCUAUUAAUAAAAUACCUUAGUUACCUGAGGAAAAAAAUGUUCAUCUGAGCUAUACAAUAUGAUCUGUAUAAGAACACUUUCUAUAUUCAGCUCUGACAUCAUUCAUAAUUUGGUGAGGAAAAACGCUCCCAGUACCUCCUUUUAUACGCGCGUAAUAUCCCAUCUGGCAACAUUCCCAUUAGUGAUAUAAAACGCUUUAGCCUACCCUGAAAUAAGAAAACUUUGUGCAGCAUAACUUUAGAAAACCGAGCUUCGGUUUUAUCACAAUGUAAUUUAUUUGAGAUCGAUAGCAGUCAUUAUCCUUAAUGCGACCCAUAUCAAUCAUUUAGGGAUAGCAGGCCCCGACACCACCACCACCACCACCACAGGUACCACUACAUCUGCGGGAUCCAGCAGAGCGGCACGGCGUGACGUCACACACAGGUACACACGAAGCUGCUGCUGUUACCUGUCAGGGCCUCUACUGGGGAAUGUCCGGCCAUAAGAGUCGUCAGAGGCACAGCUGAAAGAGCCAUAUGCAGAAAAUGCAAAAAAGAAAUGCAAGCGGUAUUGUCCAAAAUAAGCAAACAUGUGGAGACCUGCCAACCAGCACAAAUCAACAAUUCAUCUCUAGAAGAUAUACCUAUAAAACUAGAGCAGACCAAUUCACUGGAAUAUUACGUGCCGCCUCUGCCUAGUGCUUCAAAUUCAAAACCAUUUUCAGAUUCAGUAGCUGUUACACAAGACAGGUCAGCUGCUGCUACCAAUACUGGUCUUCUCUCUCAGCGCAAGAAAUUUAAGACAAAUUCUUCUAACCAAAUAAACCUAACAAACUUUACUGUUAAAGCUAGAAAGACAGAUAAAGUGACCUUGGAUCAAGAAAUAGCUAAUUAUAUAUAUGCUACAAAUACUCCCUUCCAAGCAGUAGAACAUGAUCAGUUUAUCAAAAUUAUUAGAUUGUUAAAUCCAGGAUACAUUCCACCAAACAGACAUCAAGUUAGAGGGGAUCUCUUGGAUCAGUCAUUCAGCUCAGUGAUGGAGGCAUAUUCAGAGGAAUUAAAGGGAAAAACAGUUUGCAUGGCCAUGGAUGGAUGGAGUAACAUUCACAACGAGCCAAUAUUGGCACUGACUUUAUUAAAAGAUGGUAACAUGUAUAUCAUUGAUUGUAUAGAUACAGCAGAAUCAAGACACACAGCAGACUACUUGGUGAAAGUAGUGGAAUGUAAUGCAGAAAAGGUUAAAAAAGAUUUGGGUGCACUGUGAGAAGUUUUGUGACAGAUAGUGCAGCCAAUAUAGCAAAAAUGAGAAAGGAGUUAGGAAAAGAUGAAGAAAUCAUAACCUAUGGCUGUUCUGCACAUCUUUUAAACCUGUUCUUACAAGAUAUGCAAAUUAGAAACAUAAAAGAGAAUAUCACAGAAAUAAUCAAAUACUUCAAGAAUCAUCAUAUCCCUGGAUCACUGUAUAAAGCAGCAGGAGGGACAAUGCUGGUAUUGCCUGUUGAAACUCGCUGGAACACAAUAGCUGACUCAGUUGAAUCUUACCUAAAGAACUGGGAGAUCCUGGUGAAAGUGUGUAAGGACAACAGUGAAGAAGUUGAUGAAGAGAUCAUCAAGAAGGUUAAUAACAAGAUCUUGAAAAGGAAAACAGAAGACUAUCUGGAGCGAAUGAAGCCUAUUACUGUGGCUUUGGACCAUGUCCAGAGAGAAACUACACUGAUCAGUGAUGCUGUUGAAAUCUGGUUGAAACUGAAAGAUGACAUGAAGGAGUAUCUAACAGAUAAGACAGAUAUGGAUAAUUUUGAAAAGAGAAUUAGUGUAGCAUUGACACCAGCCCACUUUCUUGCAAAUAUGAUAGACCCAAGGUAUGAAGGCAGACGGUUGACUCCAGAGCAAAGAUAUGUCGCAAAAAAGUAUGUGUGUGAAUGCUUUCCAGAGUUUCUACCAACAUUAAUGUCUUUUGUUGGUAAAAGUAAACCCUUUGAUGAUUUUUAUUUUGGCAAAGGUGUUUUAGAAACUCUCUCACCAUUAGCAUGGUGGGAUUUUUUCUCCAGUGACUUCAAAGUAAAUGUAAUGAAUGUUCCUAGGCAAUUAUUUACAGCAGUUUCAUCAUCAGCAGGAGUUGAGAGAGUUUUUUCAACAUUUGGAUAUGUACAUUCGACUAUGAUAAAUUGCCUCGGAAAAGAGAAGGCUUCCAAACUAGUUACAAUUCAUAAGUAUUACAACAGAUGAAUAUAUCUGGUUAAUAGCUAUAACUUUUUGUGUAAAUUUAAUACUUUUAAGAAUUUCUAAGAAUUUGUUGCAACAGAGGUCUUAUCAAAUUGUCAUUGUACUGUAUUUUAAAAUCAUGUUACUGUAUAUUAAUAUGUAUGUGUGUCUGAUUGCAGCUCCUCUUCCAUUUCUUUGUAUAUAUGUACUAGUUAGUUUAAUGUAUCAGAUUUGAUUAAACUGUUAGUACUA